AUGUCACAACCGCUCGAGCCUGUGGCCAUAACAUUGCUGCACGGCGGAAGCCGCUAUUCGUUGAAGUUCUUCCGCGGAACAAGCCGUGAGGAACUCUUGAGCUUUGUCCAGGAAGUGCUCCAGAUUGGUGAGGUUCCGGCUCACCGGAUUCGAUUCCUCGACGGCGACGGCUUGAUCGUCCUUCUGAACAGUUUCGUACCCUCGGACACGGUGCUCAGGGUGGAGCUGGACACCUCCAUGGACGAGCUCGUCCUGCAACGAGUCAGCCCUGAUGCUUCUGAUGGCUUGCAAUUCCUGCUGCACGAGUUGCACUGUGUGGAGGAGGUGCUACGCAGCGCGACUCUAAAGCGCCGACGUCUCCAGGAUCUCGUUGGCCCUGCGCAAGCGCAGCGGCUCGUCUUUCGAACGGACCUUCCCAUCUACAUUCGCCAGAAGAUCUUCGAGUGCCUUCUGGUGAAGGAGACAGUUCGGUUGCCAAACGUAUGUCGGAGCUUCUUGGCCUUCUGCACCACAGAAGGGCGCCGGGUAAUUCCGGUGAUCAAUGACCGCGCCCUUCGCGGCGGUCCGGUGGCCGCACGGCGGCUUGCGCGCUUGGUGCAUCCUUCCUUCAUCUACAUGGUUGCUGUCAAGGACCACGGUGAGGCGGCCUGCGCCUUUCUGGAAGCCAUCCUCAGCGAGUGCCCUUCCGAGUUCAAUAGCCUGACACGCAUCAUGGUCAAGAAUGCUCGCUUCGUCUCCGCGACGCUCCUUAUCCGAUUGCUGAAGAGGGCGGCAAAGCUGAACGAGGUCAAAAUCCUUACGCGCCUGGAUCGACCUCUGCCGGCAGAGUGUCUGCGGAGCGUGGAGAGUCUUUCUGCCUUGGUGCUACACUCCACUGAAGUGGUGGGUUUCUCAUCGCUGUUUACAGCCGGUCCUUUGGCUGCAUUGCGAUUUGUGCAGAUUGUGGACAGCCCGCACUUAAACUUUGACAUGCUCCUGGGCACUUUCACAUCCCCAUGUCCCACUGGCGUCCACGUCCAGCAUCUGCAGGUUUCCCCCAGCUCCGAUGAGCCGCAAGACCGGCACUGGAGUCAGUGGGUUCAGCCCUUGGCAGACCUCUUGCAAAGCCCUCCGAUGGCUGCCUUAGUGCAGCUGGACGUUCCUGUGCCCUCCUACUCCGUGAAAGCGGCUGAGACCGCCAGGGCAUUGCUGGAGCGCCUGCAGCAGAGGCGCUUGCCCCGGGACCUCGCAAGGCUCCGAUUCCUCCCCUACAAGAAAAACUGCGACGCUUUUGUGUCGCGCCCAACCUUUCCUCAGAUGGAGACCGUGAUCGAGAUCCAAGAGAUUCUGGGCAAGUACAGGCAAGCUUGGCCAUGGCUGGAGGUCCGUUUCCCUGGCGUGGAUGGGCCCUCGGAAGACGUCGACUAG